AAUGGAGGAGUGAGGCGCAGGCUGGUGCUGGGCAGGGGGCUGCCGGGUCAGUGCUGUGUCCAUCACCUGCAGGAGGAGGCUGAAAUCCCAGCCAGAGCCUUCCAGAAGGCGCCGGAGCCCUUAGGCCCGCUGGAGCAGUCUGAGCCCGGCCCAGAGCAGCUGGAGGCUGAAGUUGUGGAGAGCUCGGAUGAGGAGCCCGUGGAGUCCAGGGCGCGGCGGCUGCGGCGCACGGGGUUAGAGAAGGUACAGAGCCUGCGAAGGGCCCUUUCGGGCAGAAAAGGCCCUGCAGCGCCCACGCCUGUCAAGCCUCCCCGCCUCGGGCCUGGCGGGAGCGCUAAUGGCCAACCCGAAGAAGGCCUGCCUGCGCUGGAGUCCAAGCUGGAGUCAGAACCUCCGCAGGACACCGAGCAAGAUCCCGGGAGACCUGGGGCUGCCCAGCUGGCCGUGCUCCAAAUAGAGAGUGCGGCCUGAUGGCUGGCGUGCCUGCCUCCCCUGUGCCUAUGCUUAGUCCCAAAAUAAAUCUUCCUCUCGGAAGGCAGCAUUCACGCCCAAAUAAGGAGCGGAUCCUGCAUCCACAGCCCAGCUUUGGUCCUCCCUCCCGGGAUCCUUCCGCCCAGCACCCUGGGUCCUGGGAGCAGCCACUUACACCUGCUUGUACUCACCAUCAAUAAAAGCAAUGCUACCUAA